UUGGCUGUCCCAGCCCCGUCCCUGCCCCGCCCCCGCCGGGGCGACGGGGCGGCGAGUCCUGGGCUAGCGUGCUCCUCAAACCGGCUACUCGCCCAGGCGCUGUUGACCCACAGGCUCCAUGACGGCGCGGCCCGUGACCCGGAUGGUGCGCCUCCUCCUGCGGCCCGGCACCCGGAGCUGCAGCUCGGGGCUCCCGGUGUCGCAGCCCCACCCCGGCGAGCCCCUUCAGGAGCCGUCCAUACGCAGGCAGUUCCUGCGGGAGCAUGUGGUCCCCUUCUCCGCCUUCCUCACCGACAGCUUCGGCCGGCAACACAGCUACCUGCGCAUUUCCCUCACCGAGAAGUGCAAUCUCAGAUGCCAAUACUGCAUGCCCGAGGAGGGCAUCUCCUUGACCCCCAAGGCUGACCUGCUAACCACAGAGGAGAUCCUGACGCUCGCCCGGCUCUUUGUGAAAGAAGGCGUGGACAAGAUCCGGCUCACAGGCGGAGAGCCACUCAUCCGGCCAGAUGUGGUCGAUAUUGUGGCCCAGCUUCACCAGCUGGAAGGGCUCCGGACCAUCGGAGUGACCACCAAUGGGAUCAACCUAGCCCGGCUGCUGCCCCAGCUGCAGAAAGCUGGCCUCAGUGCCAUCAACAUCAGCCUGGACACCCUGGUGCCAGCCAAGUUUGAGUUCAUCGUCCGCAGGAAAGGCUUCCACAAGGUCAUGGAGGGCAUUCACAAGGCCAUCGAGCUGGGCUACAGCCCAGUGAAGGUGAACUGUGUGGUGAUGCGAGGCCUGAAUGAGGAUGAGCUUCUGGAUUUCGUGGCCUUGACCAAGGGGCUCCCCCUGGACGUACGCUUCAUAGAGUACAUGCCCUUCGAUGGCAACAAGUGGAACUUCAAGAAGAUGGUCAGCUACAAGGAGAUGCUAGACGCCAUCCGGCAACAGUGGCCGGAGCUGGAGAAACUGCCUGAGGAGGAAUCCAGCACAGCCAAGGCCUUUAAAAUCCCUGGCUUCCAAGGCCAGGUCAGUUUUAUCACAUCCAUGUCAGAGCACUUUUGUGGGACUUGCAACCGGCUGCGAAUCACAGCUGACGGGAACCUCAAGGUCUGCCUCUUUGGGAACUCGGAGGUGUCGCUGCGGGACCACCUGCGGGCAGGGGCCUCAGAACAGGAACUGCUGGCCAUCAUUGGAGCUGCUGUGGGCAGGAAAAAGCGGCAGCACGCAGGCAUGUUCAGUAUCUCUCAGACGAAGAACCGGCCCAUGAUCCUGAUCGCAUUGUUUCCAGUGCCACGAGCUUCCCCACAAGCCAGACUAAGCAUUUUCUCCUGGGACCCCCACCGUGUUCAGGGUCUGAGAUGCCAAGUGAGUUUCUCCAACCAGAUGGUGACAUUGUGGAAAAGAUACAGUCACCCUCAACCCCACACCCCAGCCCAGCAGUGGCCAGGCUCUGGCUGCCUUCAGAGACACUACAGCUCCCACGUACACUCAGAUGCCAACUCUAAGUGCCUUAGCUCAGCAUCCCAAGCCCCUGCCACCUGCUCUGGACCACUGCCAACUUCGGACGAACUCACUCACGUGGACUCUGAAGGACGGGCCGCCAUGGUUGAUGUUGGCAGGAAGCCAGAAACAGAGCGGGUGGCCGUGGCCUCGGCUCUCGUCCUCCUGGGCCCUGUGGCCUUCGAGCUUGUCCGUCAAAACCAGCUAAAGAAGGGAGAUGCCCUCCUGGUAGCCCAGCUGGCUGGAAUCCAGGCAGCCAAGCUGACCAGCCAGCUGAUCCCUCUGUGUCACCAGGUGACCCUGACCCACGUGCAAGUGCAGCUGGAGCUGGAGAGCGCAAGCCACACCGUGGCCAUCCAGGCAACCUGCAGGGCUCGGGGACCCACCGGGGUAGAGAUGGAGGCGCUGACCUCAGCUUCCGUGGCCGCCCUUGCCCUGUACGACAUGUGCAAGGCCGUCAGCAGGGACAUCGUGGUGAGCGAGGUGAAGCUCAUCAGCAAGACGGGCGGCCAGCGAGGCGACUUCCACCGAGCUUAGAGCUGCCACGGCCUCUCAGGCAGCAGCCCGGCCAGGUCCAGAAACGGGAAGCACCCGAGAGCCAAGGAAAGAUGUCAAGUUCUUGAGUCCCAGCGCACCGUUUGCUUUCACCAGGAGCCUGAGAUCAGCCCUGUCCCUUACCACUAGAUGACCUAGAGUAACCUGUGGGGGCUGCUGCAGAGGAUCCCCGGCAGGCAGCGCCAGAGAGAGGACUGCCGGGACUCACGCUGGAGAAGGGAAAUGCCACCUUGCUGCCAGUGGCCACCAAGCCCACAGUGUCCUCUUCACGGUUUGGGUUUUCUCAAAUACUUCCCUGGGAGAGAAUUAAGGGCUCAUGAAACAGGAAAUCCACUGUGAGGAGGAAAGCA